ACCGUCCUCGGACCCCACUUUCUGCAAGCCUUUCCUGCUCAUCCUCGGCAGCUUGCCGAGCUGGGGGUUGGGGCGGGUGCCUAGAGCCCUCCGGGCAGCAUCCUGGGGGUUUGUCCUGGGUUUGUCUAUACCAUGGUCUGGUGCCCGGAGGAGGAACCCGCCCUGGCAGAGGGCCCCCCACACUCUUACUGCUGCAGGGCUCUGUGGGCGGCCACCCCCAUGCCAAGCCCCGGGGCAGGCCCCCUCUGCGGUUCUGGGGAGCGGUAGCUUAGGCUCCCCCUCGCCACUUCCCAGCAGCCAGGCCCGCCAGGUCCCUUGUUCUGUGGAACAGGACCUCGGAGCAUGGGGGGUUCUCAGGCAGGACUCAGAAUGGACGUGGGUGAACAUCUGUCCAGAGGCCACUGGGCAUCCUCGGCUCCACUCACCACCCUGCCCCUACCUGACCCAUCCCAAAUCCUGCUCCUCCUCGCAGGACACCUGCCGUAACCCCCGUCGGCCUCCCCGGGCUGCUACUGUCCUCCAGGCCUUGUGUCUUCACCCUCAUCCCCCCCCCCCCCCCAGCCAGUCCCCGUUCCUCCCCACCCCCCACCCCCAGCUCUCUCCCACCUUGCCUGGCUGGCCUCUCCUGUUCCUCAGAGGCAAUGUCACUCUUCACUUCUCCAGGAGCCCUCCCCAGGGCACCCCCCCCCAAAAAAAAAACCCUUCAGGACACAUAUGACCAUGUGAAGUUAGCACAUUUCCUUGCUAACGGGUUUCUGGUGGCGACACCAGGAGGGAAGGGACCUGGGUCCAUCCUCUUCUCUGGUGUCCUCCGGACCGAAGCGCUUGCCGAGUGGGUGAACGGAGUGUGUGUGGCUGAGAGAGCUCGAAGGGGCCUCCACCAUGGGGCCUGAGCCAGCCGCUCGCUCUCCAGGCCUCCCCCUGCGGCUCCACACCCGCAUCUCCCCAGCUGCGGGGAAUUGGGCAAAUGAUGUCUGGGCCCAGAAACAGGGACAAUGGACCUCGAUCGCCUCCAAGCUUGUUCACAUCCCCCUGGCUUCCCAGUCCCCGGCGUCCCUCCGUCUCCCGCCACCCACGCCCCGGCGCCUCCUCCCGGCCCCACCCUGCCCAGCCCCUCCCAGGUGCCUGCGGUUGGCACAGCCCCGGCUGCCACAGCACCUCCAACCCCGGGCGGCUCACCAUGGGGGCUCUGAGGCCCUGGGCCCGAUUCCCACUACUGGUGGUGGCCCACCUGCUGGCCCUGGGGAUUGGGGCUCUGGUGUUUCAGGCCCUGGAAGGGCCUCCAGCGCUCCAACUCCAGGCCAAGCUCAGAGCCGAGCUGGCCACUUUCCAGGCGGAGUAUGGGGCCUGCCUGCCCCCCGGGGCCCUGGAGGAGCUGCUGGGCACCGCUCUGGCAGCCCAGGUCCACGGGGUCUCCAGCCUGGGCAAUGGCUCAGAGGCCGGGAACUGGGACCUGCCCUCGGCCCUGCUCUUCACUGCCAGCAUCCUCACCACCACGGGCUAUGGCUACAUGGCCCCACUGUCGUCUGACGGAAAGGCUUUCUGCAUAGUCUAUGCAGCCCUUGGGCUGCCAGCCUCCCUCGUGCUCCUGGCCACCCUGCGCCGCUGCCUGAUGCCCCUGCUCUGUCGCCUGGGGGCCUGGGGAGCCAGCCGGUGGCAGCUGGCCCCGGCCAGGGCAGCGUUGCUGCAGGCGGCUGGAUGGGGCCUGCUGGUGGCCGCGAUCUUCGUACUGCUUCCGGCCCUGGUGCUGUGGGGUCUGCAGGGUGACUGCAGCCUGCUGGAAGCCGUCUACUUCUGCUUCGGCUCACUCAGCACCAUCGGCCUGGGGGACCUGCUGCCGGGCCGUGGCCGUGGCCUACACCCUGUGCUCUACCACCUUGGCCAGCUGGCCCUUCUUGGGUGAAGCCCCAGCAGGCCCUCGGCUGCCUCUUGGAACCUCCAAGCCCGCACGGGCCCCACUCGGGAUCCCAGACGACCUUAUCGGCCUCAGCC